AUGGCAACACCAGUUGAAAUUGUUAAGGAGAAAAGUAAGGAAAUUAUGGUAUUAUGGACUUCGAAACGCAUGAAGGAACUUGUGACUACUUGUUAUGCUUCUGAUGCUUGUGUCUCAGACAAUGGUGUCUUUUACAAUGGCCAUGAUGAAAUAUUGAAAGCAUGUGAAAACUUGCAAGACGUGAAGUUCGAAAUGACUCUAGUUGAUGCGUCAUCUCCAUCUGAUGAUUGUGUCAUCCAAACAUAUGCAUGCAAAUGGGAUGGCAAAGAUCGAGAUUGCAAACUGACAUGGAAAAAGAUCGAUGAUGAUUGGAAAAUUACUCGUGAAGAAUGGAAUUAA